UGUUCCCUGCUCCAGGUGCUGAGUCCGAGGGAGGCUCGGAACGCUGGAGCCGCGGAAGCUGCGGCCGCCUCCGCCGCCUGCUGCCUGCCGCCGCCGCCGCCGCCGCGAGAACUACCUUCGGGAAGCCGCCGGGAGCCCCGGGGAGCUGGGUGCAUUGCCUGGCAUUGCCUGUUCUCCUGCCUCUCUGAGGUCCUUGACCCCACAGUGACGCCCGCUCUUCAGACAGAAGGAAAAGGAGGUCCCAUCGGCCCAGCCUCGGGCGCUCCAGCAGGCCUCGGUGGCCUCGCAUGGCCCACUGAGGUGAACCAUGACCGGCCAGCCAACACUGGCCACCAACCAUCCCAAGUCACAUCUUACCAGGACGUGACCCCUCCUCCUGCCGCCCCCCACGCACCCACCCCACCCAGGAACGUGCCUGCGUCGCCACGGACACCAUGUAGUAGGGCCGGCCGCGGCACCCAGUGAGCUGCGAUGGUUUUGUACACGACCCCCUUUUCCAAUAGCUGUCUGUCUGCCCUGCACGCCGUGUCCUGGUACCUCAUCUUCCCAUGCUACUGGCUGCUGGACCAGCUCCUGGCCUUGUUCACGCCAGCGCCCUGCCAGAAGAACCAGCUGCUCUGCCUCGUGCUCUUCAUGCCCAUCUACCUGGGCUUCCUGGUCGCCUCGCUGCCCUUCGCGUUCCUUGGCUUCCUCUUCUGGUGCCCGCUGCAGUGUGCCCGCAGGCCCUACGUCUACUCCCGGCUGGAGGACAAGGGCCCGGCGGGCGGGGGGGCCCUACUCCGCGAAUGGAAGGGCACGGGUCCCGGCAAAAGCUUCUGCUUUGCCACCGCCAACGUCUGCCUCCUCCCCGAGUCGCUGGCCAGGCACAACAACGUGUAUAAGACCCAGGUGCGGGCCAAAGAGAUCGGGCACCGAAUCCGCAAUGGGGCCAGCCGGCCCCAGAUAAAAAUCUACAUCGACUCGCCCACCAACACCUCCAUCAGCGCGGCCAGCUUCAGCAGCCUGGUGUCGCCGCAGGGCGAUGGCACGGCCCGCCCCGUCCCUGGGAGCAUUAAGAGGACGGCCUCCGUGGACUACAAGGGCAACAGCGGGCGUCACCCCAGCGACGAGGCUGCCAACGGCCCCGCCUCCGGGGACCCCAUGGACUGCGGCGGCCCGGAGAACGCCUGCAUCGUGCGCAUCGCUGGCGAGGAGGGCGGCCGGCACCCCGAGGCCGACGACCCUUCCGCCGCCGCCGCCGCCGCGGGGGGCCAGGCCAGGGACGGGGCUGCCGCGGGGGGCCCGCGGGGCCAGACGCCCAACCACAGUCGGCGGGACGGGGACUCGGGGAGCCUGGGCAGCCGCUCUGCUUCCAAGGAGUCGCUGGUGAAGGCGCGCGCCGCCGCCGGGCUGGACAGCGGCGGCAGCGGGGAGCCGGGCGCCACGCACGGCAAGGCCCCGGCGCACAAGGCCUCGGUGGUGAAGAAGGUGGCCGCCCGCAAGCGGCGGCACCCGGACGAGGCCUUCGACCACGAGAUCUCGGCCUUCUUCCCCGCCAACCUGGACUUCCUGUGUCUGCAGGAGGUGUUCGACAAGCGGGCGGCCACCAAGUUGAAACACCAGCUGCACGGCUACUUCGAGCACAUCGUGUACGACGUCGGGGUCUACGGCUGCCAAGGCUGCUGCUGCUGCCGCCGCUGCUGCGAGGCCCACUGCUGCUUCAAGUGUUUCAACAGCGGCCUCUUCUUCGCCAGCCGCUACCCCGUCAUGGACGCCGCCUAUCACUGUUACACCAACGGGAAGGGCGUCGACAGCCUGGCCUCGAAGGGAGCGCUGUUUCUCAAGGUGCAGGUGGGAAGCACACCUCAGGACCAAAGAAUUGUCGGGUACAUCACCUGUACACACCUGCACGCCCCGGAAGAAGACAGCGCCGUCCGGUGCGAGCAGCUGGACAUGCUUCUGGAAUGGCUGGCUGAUUUCCGAAAAUCUACCUCCUCGUCCAGCACAGCCAACCCCGAGGAGCUGGUGGCGUUUGACGUCGUCUGUGGAGAUCUGAACUUUGACAACUGCUCCUCCGACGACAAGUUGGAGCAGCAGCACUCCCUGUUUACACGCUACAAGGACCCCUGCCGCCUGGGGCCUGGCGAGGAGAAGCCAUGGGCAAUCGGUACCAUGCUGGACCAGGAUGGCAUAAACGAUGAGGAUGUGAGCUCCCCUGAAAACCUACAAAAGGUCUUGGAGAGCGAGGAGGGACGCCGGGAGUACCUCGCCUUCCCCAUCAGCAAGACCUCGGGGGCGGGCCAGAAGGGACGCAAGGAUGUGCUGAAGGGCAACGGCAGGCGCAUCGACUACAUGCUGUACGCAGAGGAGGGGCUGUGCCCGGACUGGAAGGCUGAGGUGGAAGAGUUCAGUUUCAUCACUCAGCUGUCCGGCCUGACCGACCACCUCCCGGUGGCCAUGCGGCUGAUGGUGUCUACGGGGGAUGAGGAGGCAUAGACCAGCCAAGUCAUCACAGCAGCCUGGCCUCUGCUAGUCCUUUGAGCCAAAGCCCCUUUCUGGCCGUGUCCCCUCCGGCAGCAGUGCCAGGGAGAGGGCAGGGGCUGGGGGAGCCGAGGUCAUCCCUGGGGGAGCUGCAACCAGCGCUGCCCUGCACCUCUGGGGCACCAGCUGCAAACAGGAGUCAGGUCAGCUCGAGGAGCCCUAGCUACCCAACCAGUGCCAUUCUUUCAAAACGUGAUUUUCUACAAAUCUACAGCACAACCUAGUUUGUAACCCGUGGGUUAGUAUGAGAACCGGGUUUCUGUACUCUUUGUAUCUUUUC